CAGAGGUCACUAAGACAAGCACAACGCAACACAGCUGAAGCUACGCACAUUGCUAAAGCUACAAACAGUAACUGAAGCUGAAGAAUAAAAGAGUGGAACCAACUCAACACUGAACAAGAUGGGAGACCCAAUCCAAUUAAAAGAGGAAGGCAACAAGCACUUUCAGGCAGGUGAAAUUGACAAGGCCAUCGAAUGCUACACUAACGCCAUCAAGGUCUGCAAAGACAGGAAGGUGCUGGCCGUCAUUCACAGGAACAGAUCGGCCUGCUACCUCAAACAGGGGAACUACGCCAAUGCUGCCUCGGACGCCUCUAGAGCGAUUGAUGUGGAUGGCUCGGACGUGAAAGCUCUGUACAGGAGAUGUCAGGCUCUUGAGAAGCUGGGCAAGCUGGACAUGGCAUUCAAAGAUGUGCAGAGAUGUGCCACCAUCGAACCCAAAAACAAAACCUUCUUAGAGACGCUGAGGAGACUCGGGGCAGAGAUCCAGCAGAAGCUGAAAACAACCUUCUCCACAGAUUCUCGGGUUCAGAGCAUGUUUGACAUUCUUCUGGAUGAUGAGAUGGACAAAGACAAGAAAGAAAAGGCUGCCAACAACCUGAUAGUCCUGUCCAGGGAAGAUGCAGGGUCGGAGAGAAUCUUCCAGAACAACGGCGUGCCUCUCCUCCAGAAGCUGAUCGAGACAGGAAAGCCAGAGAUGAUCCUCGCAGCCAUUCGGACACUGUCUGGAAUGUGCACAGGACACAGGGCACGGGCCACAGCCAUCAUCCAUCUGAUGGGCAUCGACAAGCUGUGCAGCAUCAUGGCAAUAGACAAUGAGGAGAUUGCUCUGGCAACUUGCAACCUGUUCCAGUGCAUCUAUGACUCCCUGUCCGGAGCGGACAAGAGGGCCUAUGGAAAAGAGGAGGCUCUGGUGCUGGACUCUGCCCGUGACCUGAAGAAUAUCCUGAUGGCCCUGCUGGAGAUGAUUGCCAGUAAGAAGGUUUCAGGACAUGGGCGCGACCAGGCCCUCAACCUCCUGUCCAAGAACGUUCCCAGGAAGGACAAGAAGGAAUCCGACAACUCCAGGACCCUCUUCACUAUCGACCACGGCCUGAAGAAGAUCCUGAAGGUGUGUGGUCAGGUGCCUGACCUUCCAGACCAGCUGCCCCUGACGGACAACACCCAACUCAUCGCCAGCGUCCUCCUCAACAAGCUGUAUGAUGACCUGCGCUGUGACCCCGAGAGGGACAACUUCAGGGACAUCUGUGACGAGUACAUCAAGAGCAAGUUUGACCCCAACAACAUGGACAAGAACAUCCACGCCAUCAACGCCCUGUCCGGGCUGCUGCAGGGCCCCUUCGACGUGGGCAACAUGCUGGCCGGGCGGCAGGGUGUGAUGGAGAUGAUGGUGGCCCUCUGUGGCUCAGAGCGGGAGGUGGACCAGAUGGUCGCCGUGGAGGCCCUGAUCCACGCCUCCACCAAGAUGAGCCGUGCCUCCUUCAUCAUCACCAAUGGUGUGUCGCUGCUGAAGGACAUCUACAAGAAGACCAAGAACGAGAAAAUCAAGAUUCGCGCCCUGGUGGGCCUGUGCAAGCUGGGCUCUGCAGGGGGUGACGAUUACAGCCUCCGGCAGUUCGCAGAGGGCUCCACAGAGAAGCUAGCCAAGCAAUGCAGAAAGUGGCUGUGUAAUCCUACCAUCGACGCGCGCACCAGGAAGUGGGCGGUGGAGGGUCUGGCCUACCUGACCAACGAUGCAGACGUGAAGGAUGACUUUGUGGAGGACGAACCAGCUAUGAGGGCCAUGUUUGAGCUGGCCAAGUCACCAGACAAGACCAUCUUGUACGCAGUGGCCUGUACGUUAGUCAACUGCACCAACAGCUACGAUAAGAAGGAGAUCAUUCCGGAACUUGUCCAGCUGGCAAAGUUCUCCAAGCAGCAUGUUCCAGAACAGCACCCAAAGGACAAGAAGGACUUUAUCGAGAGGAGAGUGAAGCGCCUGCUGAAGGCGGGGGUCACCUCUGCCCUGGCCUGCAUGGUCAAAGCAGACAGCACCGUCCUGACAGACCAGACCAAAGAGAUGCUCGCCAGAGUGUUCCUGGCCUUGGCAGAGGAUGUUAAAGAUCGUGGCACUAUUGUUGCUCAAGGAGGGGGAAAAGCACUCAUCCCAUUGGCCCUGGAGGGAACAGACAUGGGCAAAGUCAAGGCAUCUCACGCCCUGGCCAAGAUUGCAGCCAUCUCCAACCCUGAGAUCGCUUUCCCUGGAGAGAGGAUUUACGAAGUGGUUCGGCCCCUGGUGAGUUUGCUCAACCCUGAGAGAGAUGGUCUGCAGAACUACGAGGCUCUCAUGGGCCUGACUAAUCUUGCUGGGCUCAAUGACAAGCUGAGGGUGAAGAUUCUGAAGGAGAAAGCUUUGCCAGAGAUCGAGAACUACAUGUUUGAGGAACAUGACCAGAUCAGACAGGCUGCUACUGAGUGUAUGUGCAACUUAGUCGUCUGCAAAGAGGUGCAGGAGCGGUACAUGGAGGACGGGAACGACAAGCUGAAGCUGCUGGUGUUGCUCUGCGGCGAGGACGACGACAAGCUGCAGAGGGCCGCUUCGGGGGGCUUGGCCAUGCUGACCGCCGCACAGAAGAAACUAUGCACCAAGAUGACCCUGGUGACAGUGCAGUGGCUGGAGAUCCUGCAGAGGCUGUGCCUCCAUGACAACCCGCAGAUCCAGCACAGGGGCCUGGUCAUCGUCUACAACAUGAUGAAUGCCGACGCAGAACUGGCUAAGAAACUGAUCGAGAGUGAGAUCCUGGAGAUUCUCACAGUUAUUUCCAAGCAAGAGGAGAACCCAAAGAAGCAGCAGGUGAUCGACGUGGCGCGUACCUGCCUGACCACCGCCAUGGACCUCGGCCUCAUCAAGCCCUUCUCUUAAAACGGUGGUGUCCACUCCUGGUCCUGGGGAUAUGCAGUCCUGACUGUUUUAAAGAGGCCUCUCGACCAGACACCUGGAACAGCAGACAAUUCAAAUUGCCAGCAAAUUCUAAAACAGCUCCAAUUAAAUCAUUAAGUUGGAACCAAGACCAGAAACCACAUACUCUCCUGUGCACACCCAGCGGACUUAGGAGCUAAACCACAGACAUUAAUCAGUAUUUAGCCUGCCUAGCAGACAGAUAUGUAGCAUAGGAUGUCUACCUUUCAGUCGGAUUUUUACUGUUCAGCUUCAGGGUUUUAUGUACCCAUAACCUCCUUUCUGAGCAAAUCACAUUGGCUAAGAAACUAUCUGGCUCUCCCCACCCUUUCCUAAAGGCAUCUCCCAGACACCUCUCCUCAAAUGUAUGUGUGGGAGUCCAGAUGUUAUCCCACGUUCCCCCUUCCAGAUGGUAGUGUCUUGACACAUGACAGUAGUUGGGCAGGCUACAGUAUUUUAUAGAUGCAGCCAAUACAGGGUCUUCUUUCUGGAAAAGCAGAAGAUGAUUUGCAAGUAAUGAUGUAUAGGACACAAGCUGAGAAUUACAUUUC